UAAAUUCUAUAUUAUUAUAAUGAAUAAGAAAUCUGCCUAUAACAAUCUAGUGACUAAUGGGAUAAGGAAGAAGCAGAUGAUGAUGAACAAUUUAGUGACUAAUCACUUGUUUGUAUGUACUACAAUAGUACUGGAAUUUCAAUGAAUGAAAUUUCAUUAAUUCAUCAAACGGUAGUCCCGUUUUGAGAAUAGACGUACAAUCUUUCUAAAACUUGCAUAAAAUUUCAUAUCAUUGCUUGAUUGGUGUUGAAUUGAAUUGGACUAUUUGACCCUACAAUUGUUUUUAUUUUUAAUAUUAUUUACCAUUUGUAGAAUGUUUCAUACCAGAAAAAGCAAAGUAGGUUGUUAAGUAUAUAAUAAAAUGAAUAAUAAUUUAUUUAUCAAAAUUUGUUGACUCACUGCUAUUUGUUUUGAUGUCGGUGGUGUGUAUUACCGGACAAAGUUCGCGAUACAAUAGUUUUAUCACAUUUCCUUUGUCGUUUCCGCAGCAUGCUGCCCACCAUUCUGAUAACAAGUCCAUGUUUUAAUGCUACAGUUUGUACCCAUAAAACAUCAAUUUGUUUUUUCCUAUUCCUUAAAAUGUCAAUUAGUAGAAACACUCGAAAUUGAAGGAGAUAAAUUUAUCAGGCAUUACUUUGUAUCGGUCUAUCUUUCGUAUCUAUGUUUAUAGCAAAUAAUAUUUGUCAAGAGCCUUGUCACAGACGCGUAGAAAGAUAAAGCAUUUUACAUACGUUUAUGCAAUUGUCACGGUGCCAAACUCAGCUGGCCCCCGCGUCUAUCUUCAGUCGAGUGCGUUCCUUAGCGGGAAGUGUAUGGCGCGAGAUGUGUUUGCAUGUUCGCCUACUCUGCGGUGCGCUCUGGUGGCCGGUGCUGGUGCGUUGCGCCCGCGCAGCGAACACCUACGACGACGGCUAUGAUCAGCAACUCAAAGAUGAGCUCGGCGAGGUGGUGGCCGAGUUGGAGGCCUUGGACGGCCAAGAGGAGUGUAAGCAGAAUAGUAAAGCCAAACAGAUGAGCAUAGGACGAAAGAAAUUUAAUAUGGACCCCAAGAAAGGUAUCGAGUACCUAUACGAGAAUGGCUUACUUCAGAGGACCCCGGAAGAUGUGGCACAAUUCCUACAUAAAGGCGAGGGUCUGAGCAAGACAGCCAUUGGCGAUUACCUUGGUGAACGGUCGGACUUUAACGAGGCAGUGCUAAGAGCCUUCGUAGAAUUACACGACUUCACAGACCUAAUUCUAGUGCAAGCACUUAGACAAUUCCUUUGGAGUUUCCGCUUGCCUGGCGAGGCACAGAAAAUCGACAGGAUGAUGGAGUGUUUCGCGCAGCGGUAUUGCCAGUUGAAUCCGGAUAUUUUCACUAACGCGGAUACGUGUUACGUGCUUAGUUUCGCCAUAAUCAUGUUGAACACGUCGUUACAUAACCCCAGCGUGAAAGACAAACCUUCCCCGGAACAGUUCGUUGCCAUGAAUAGAGGGAUCAACAAUGGUGGAGACCUACCUCAGGAGUUGCUCUUGUCUUUAUACGAGUCGAUAAAGACGGAGCCAUUCAAAAUACCCGAGGACGACGGCAACGAUCUCAUGCAUACCUUCUUCAAUCCGGACAAAGAGGGGUGGCUUUGGAAACAAGGAGGAAGAUAUAAAUCAUGGAAGAGGAGGUGGUUCAUAUUAAAUGACAACUGUCUGUACUACUUUGAAUACACGACAGACAAAGAGCCUAGAGGCAUCAUUCCGUUAGAAAACAUAUCUGUUCGUCCCGCGAGUGAUCGACAACGGCCGCACUGUUUGGAAUUAUACGCGAGCGGUGGCGCCGAUCUCAUCAAGGCGUGCAAAACGGACUCGGAAGGGAAAGUUGUUGAAGGGAAACAUACUGUAUACAGAAUGUCAGCAGCGACAGCGGAAGAACGAGACGAAUGGAUCGUGUGUCUCCGUCGGUCGAUAAGUCAUAACCCCUUUUAUGAUAUGCUCGCACAACGAAAGAAGAAGGCACAACAUAAUGUACACUCCAGCUCCCACUAGUCCCCAGACAUACAGAUAAAUUAUUAUAUAAGCAAUAGAGGAUUUUUCUACAUAUUAUGAACUGUUGUUAUUCGUGUCAAAGCGCCCUCUGGUGUCAACACAACUAACCUUCGUUGUAGGUACACGAAGACCUUUUAUGUGGCACAAUGUAUUGUAAGCAACAAUACAAUUCUUUAUGACACAUUGGUGCGUAUGUAGUUUUUUAUUAGGACAAUUAUGUGAAAAUAGAAGCUAUGGACAAGUCUUAUGUAAGCAAAUACUACUACCGUGUAAGAUAUGAUCUCAAUGGUAGGUAAAGCGAUAAGUGAAUAUUACUAGUGGAAUAAUUAUACAUGUUAGGCUUCAGUACCAUCAUAAAGCCUAUAUUGACUAAAGCUGUAAGUAUAUGGAUUCUAAAAGCCGGCCUCAUUAGAGAUUUUGCGUAUUGCUUCAUUUGAUUUGAUAAAAUACGUACUCAAUUCGUACUAUGAAUUCUUGAAUUGAUUGAAAUUUUAUUCAAAGAUAUAGUUUACAAUUUUGUCAUAUUGAGAUGGAAAUGUUGAAGAAUGCAUAUUGGUAUUGUUGUAAACAUAUAUUUUUUUAUUAUACUACAUCCAAUCAAUAAUAUUUUACACUUAUUCAUACUACUGUGUGCUUACUAUAUGUAACCACAAGUUAGUACAUAAAAUAAGCGUAUAAUUAAGAAUAUGCAAUUUAAUAUCACUUGUGCAAAUGUUUGUUUGAAAUGUAAAGAAAAAAUUUUACAUGGAAAAUUUUUGCCAAUGAAUAUUUUUUACAACGACGAAUUAUUUUAAUAUUGCUCUAGCUGUAGACGGCCUUUUGUUGAAAACACCAUUUAUUUGAACAAAAAGCAUAUUGCAAAUGUUCAAUUUAAGUAUAAAAAAUCAACAUCAAUAUGAAAAUGUAGACGUCCAACUUAUACAAUUGAUUUGUCGUUAGUUAUUAGUGGUCGGACUUCAACAACAUGUGAUAUUUACAGUCGUGAUAUGGACUGACAAGAGUAUAUUGUAUAUUGCGAUUUGCAUAUCAUACAAUACGUUAAUAUAUCAUGAUCGUCGGCAUUUCAUGGUUGUCGCCAUAUUGUCCAUGUAAAUAAAAUGGUAAGACUGAAAACAUUAUGAUGUACAUUUUAAUACAUUUGUUUUCUUCAGUUGAAAAAUUAUGCAGUGUAUCGUAUUAUUUGCGUAUACUGCGACAUAAUUUUAAAUAUUAUUAUGAAUACUAAGUAUUUUCACGUCACCGGAGAAUAAAAUGAGAACCAUACAUGCGAUAUAUACAGAGCUCAAAAAUUGUAUUCCUGUCUUUUAUAGAUAUUUUCAUAAUUUUCGUAAGCACAUAUUAACUCGUUUAUAAUCGACAAAAAUAUUGAAACAGUUUCAUUCUUAUUUACUUCAUAAUGUAGGCACAUUCUGUUUUUAAUUAAUUAGAUAAUUUUACUGUUUUCAAUCCUUUUUGGUUAACUGAAUUGUUAUACAAACUUGAAUAUUUGAUGUAAUUAAUAUUUUUUAUCUGAGUUGUUUACUCAGCAAACAAUGGUUACAUUAUUUUUAAAUUUCCUUAAAAUUUUACGAUUGUCUUUUUAUUCGCCGGACACGGCCAUAUGUGCUUUUAUAUCAACGUUCAUCAAUCAUGCUUCUCAUUGCCUCGACAAUAAUAUUGUAAAUCAAAGUUUCCAGACCUGGCAAGACUUUAGUUUUAGCGCGAUAGCGGCACUCCACUUUCGCUAAAGCAGACAUGAAAAGGGAAAAUUUCACAUCUGCUUUCGUUGACAGCGGUCCUAAGUGAAUUUGUAUUCAAAGAAAGUAUUAAUUUUACGAUAAAUAUAAUGUAACAUACAGAAUAAUGUAAAGUAAUGUAUAAAUAGUAUAGUUUUAUCAUAGAUUUAUGAUAUAUUGCCCAUUUGCCAUCGCUUUUACUUAUUUCUCAGAUUGUAAAUAUGGCUGUAUGAGAUAAUUACUGUGUUGUUUUAUAUGAAAUCAUUUUUAUGUAAGUAGUAUGAGGCACGCGAGUUGUAUCGAAGUAACAUUCCUACAUAUUUAUUUUGUAUCUACAAUUAAUAUAAUUUUUCAUAUCUUCAUUUUGUAGUACUAUUCCUUUCAUUGUGUAUGUCUUGUUUUCUACAUAUAUUAUACAUGUAUUAAGUUUAUUUAUUUAUAUACAUACUAUCAAACACUUAAUUAUGUAACUUAUUAUUUCGUAAUGUGGUUUCAUUUAAAAAUGAUUAAAAUUGUCUUCUAAGGUUUUUGGAUUUAUUGAUAUUAAUUAAAUUUGAAAGUUUUUACAUGAUCAAAAUGCGUGUUAAACGAAUUAUCGUGUUGUGGUUGAUAUUUGAUGAAGGUGCCUAAAUCGAUCUGUAAUUAGUGUUUAACUUUAGUGGUAGAUAAGUAACGUAAAACGCUGUAAAUUCGCCUCAGAAAUGUUAAUUUAUCUCAAUUGUAAUGUUUUAUAUGACAAUGGUUAUUGUGCAUAAUAAUUGUGUUGUAAAUAAUUUUGUAAGAAAUGAUUAUACAUAAAUAUCUUUAUUUAUAA